AUGGCAGUCGAAGUUGCACCCAUCCAGCAGCCCGAGGAGUGGAAGAACGACAACGUCGCCAAAGCAGACCGCAACGUCGCCUGGUACCAGGCAGCCCUGAGCAAAGUCCCCGACAUCGCCAGGGAGAUCUUCCGCGACUACUCCCACAUCCCCGACGACGAGAUCACAGCUCACAUCCACCGCGUGCGGGACCAGGCGUGGGAUAUCCUGCCAUUCCCCUGCAUCGGCCUCUUCCGCUUCCUCGACUUCCCCGCCUACCUGCAACCAGUCUACCCCGAGGUCCUGUCCCGCAUUCAAUCCGGCGAGACCUUCCUCGAUCUCGGCUGCUGCUUCGGACAAGACAUCCGCAAGCUCGUGCACGACGGCGCCCCCAGCGAGAACCUCAUCGGCGUCGACACGGAGCCUAGAUUCCUCGACCUGGGCUACCAGCUCUUCAAGGACAGAGAUACCCUCAAAGCGCACUUCCUCACCGGCGACGUCCUGGCAGACGGCUUCCUGUCCGAAUGGCGCGGCAAAGUCGACAUCAUCUUCCUCGGCUCCUUCCUGCACCUCUUCAGCUUCGAGCAGCAGAAGGUGAUUGUGGCGCAGCUGAGCAAGUUGCUCCGCGGGAAGAACUCGCUUGUCUUUGGGCGCCACCUUGCCACCACAGGCAAGGGAGGGAGUCUGAAGGAGAAUGCGUGCGGGUGGUCUCUGUACCACCAUAGCGAGGAGACCAUCCGCCAGCUGUGGGAUACGGAUGAGACGGGCAAGUGGGAGGUCUCUUCGGAGUUGAUCCCGUAUGCGUCGGAGUCAUGGGAUAACGGGGUCAAGUGGAAUGCCGGGGACGAGGUCAAGCAGCAGCGGUUCGUUGCUCGGAGGGUGUAA